UUUCUUAGCGGCGAAGAAGAGGAAAGAGAGAAGGAAACUCCAUUUUUUUCUCUUUUUAACUUUUGAAGAAAAAUCAUUCUCACUCUCUCUUGACUCUCCCCAUCUUCCCCGACCUUUAAUCUCUCUCGGAUUUCUCCCGCCGGCAUUUCCCAUCCUACCCACUGCCCCAAUUUUCCAUUACCUUGGGAAAAACAAAACUACCCAACACAUCUUUGGAAUUUCAAACUCCGGAAAAGAAAACACCAUGAGGCGUUCCCUAGUUGUUGGGCUCUGUUUAUGGUUCUCUCUGACAUUGGUGAUUGUAGAUGCAAAUGACUCUUCUUUGGAAGGUUUAAUCUGGUCUUCUGCUAAACAAGAGGGCGAUCUCCUUAUCGACCAUAGGCCCCAGGAAGAUUCCUCCGCCGCCGCCGCUGCAUCUGUCGUUCACGACGCCGAUGGCUUUGAUGGCGGCUUUUCUUCCCUCGAUAGCAUGUUACAGUGGGCUAUAGGCCAUUCUGAUCCUGCAAAACUAAAGGAUACUGCACAGGAUGUGAAACGAUUGUCUCCAAAUGAGAUAAAGAAGCGUCAAGAAGAAAUUAAGGACCUGAUAGAGGAGUUGAAGCUGCCAUCAGAUGCAAAGCUGAUGCAAAUUGCGGUGGAUGACUUGAAAAAUUCCUCUCUAUCAUUGGAAGAUCGCCAUCGGGCAUUACAGGAGCUUUUGGUACUUGUUGAGCCAAUAGACAAUGCAAAUGAUUUGGACAAACUUGGUGGCCUUGCUGUACUUACUCGCGAGCUUAAUCAUGUUGAUCCUGAUGUUAGGAAAAUUGCAGCAUGGAUUCUUGGAAAAGCAAGUCAGAAUAAUCCUAUUGUUCAAAAGCAGGUAUUGGAACUUGGGGCACUAGCAAAAUUAGUGUCGAUGGCAAAAUCUGAUUUUGUAGAAGAAGCCAUCAAGGCAUUGUAUGCUAUUUCUUCGUUGGUUCAAAAUAAUUUAUCUGGCCAGGAAUUAUUCUAUGCCGAAGCUGGAGAAAUUAUGCUUCAGGAUAUUUUAAGCAACUCAAGCAUGGAUAUCAGAUUGCAGAAGAAAGCUGUUUUUCUUGUAAGUGAUUUGGCUGUGACACAGCUAGAAAAACCAGAUGAAGCUGAAAGGCCAUUUUUUGGAGAUCGCCUUUUCUUGAAGUCCGUGGUAAAUCUCAUCCAUUCAACAGACAUCGAUCUCCAGGAGAAGGCCCUCAUUGCUCUAAAGAACCUCCUGCUUCUGAGAACAACCAAAGCUCAAGUUUUAAAAGAAUUCUGUGGGUUGGAUGCUGCUUUGGAGAGGAUGAGGAUGAAGCUGAAGGUAUUAAUGGAAGAGGAAGAUCACCGGGAUUAUGCAAUGGAUGUGGAAGAUCUACGAAGCCAAGUGGAGCUAACUUUCCUUGAAAAGCUGGGAAAGAGAAUGCAGGUUCCAACAUGAACAGAAGUACAGUAGGAUGAUUUUAGCUGCAGCUUUGAAGUUUGUCAUAUACAAUGCUUCUCUACUAACUUAGUCUGUUUCAAUGGGUUCCUCCAAUAGAAAGAGAUACAUCCUAGCCACAACUUUUAGGAAAGUUGAAACUUUUGUUGAGAAUUUAGUACUAGAAGAGAGUGAAGAAUUUGUGUGUGGUGUAUAGAAAUUAUAUAUUGGUAGAAUAUUAUUCUUAACUAUUUGUUAUCGAAGAAAACUGAAAAUUAUUAAGAAGUUAAUUAGCCUUGUAAAGUCUCUUUAACCAAGUGGGGAUGAUGCCUUGCAUCUUGCUGAAAAGAGCAUUAAAAGUUGAAAUUGUUGGAGUAUUUUCUCUUUAUUCAAACUUGGAAAUUAUUGGUUACA